CGCGGGUAGGCAGCGCCUGUGUUUUCAAUUGAUACACGUGUGUGAACUAGCCAGCAAAGAAAAUCUACUAUUCACAGUUAUACUACGUUGGAGAAGAUGAGUUCAGAGGAGGUGGAACGAAUGCUCAUCCAGUUUCAGGAUGAAGCUGGUGAGGUUCUGGCAUCCCCAUUUGACGUCCCCCUAGACAUCACGCCAGAAAAGCUGCAGCUGGUCUGCAAUGCUCUCCUUCAGAAGGAGGAGCCAGUGCCCUUGCUGUUCUUCGUGCGCGACGCGGAGGUGGUGUCGUCCCUGAAGGCCGUGGUGGAGAGUCUGGGGGUGGAGACGGAGCAGGUGCUGCCGGUGGUCUACCAGCCCCAGGCUGUCUUCCGGGUGAGAGCCGUUGCCCGCUGCACCAGCUCCCUGGAGGGCCACACCGAGGCCGUCAUCUCCGUCGCCUUCAGCCCCACUGGAAAGUACCUAGCCAGUGGCUCAGGAGAUACCACCGUGAGGUUCUGGGACUUGAGCACAGAGACUCCCCACCACACAGCUAAAGGUCACACACACUGGGUUCUGUCCAUUGCCUGGUCACCAGAUGGCAAAAAGUUGGCCUCUGGUUGCAAAAACAGUCAGAUCUUCCUGUGGGAUCCAGUGACGGGGCAGCAGCUGGGCAAGACGUUGACGGGCCACACUAAAUGGAUCACCUGGCUCUGCUGGGAGCCUCUCCACCUCAACCCAGAGUGCCGGCACCUGGCCAGUUCUUCCAAGGACGGCAGCAUUCGCAUCUGGGACACGGUUCUGGGCCGCUGUGAGAAAAUCCUGACGGGCCACACACAGUCGGUCACCUGUGUGAAGUGGGGUGGAGAUGGACUGCUCUACACAUCCUCCCAGGACAGGACUAUCAAAGUGUGGAGGGCCAAGGACGGCGUGCAGUGUCGUACGCUACAGGGCCAUGCCCACUGGGUGAACACGCUGGCCCUCAGCACCGACUACGUGCUCAGGACCGGGGCCUUCGAACCCGCUAACGCCACCAUCAACGCACAGGACCUCAAGGGAUCAUUAGAAGAAAUAAAGGAGAAGGCCCUGGAGCGAUACAACAAAGUUAGGGGCCAGGGCUCCGAGCGUCUGGUGUCUGGCUCUGAUGACUUCACGCUGUUCAUGUGGAACCCCGCGGAGGAAAAGAAGGCGGUGGCGCGUCUGACGGGACACCAGGCCCUCAUCAACGAGGUGCUCUUCUCGCCCGACACACGCCUCUUUGCCAGUGCCUCCUUCGACAAGUCCAUCAAGCUCUGGGACGGACGCACCGGCAAGUAUUUGUCAUCUCUCCGUGGCCACGUGUCGGCAGUUUACCAGGUGGCCUGGUCGGCCGACAGUCGUCUGCUGGUGAGCGGCAGCAGUGACAGCACGCUCAAGGUGUGGGACGUCAAGACAGGCAAACUAAACGCUGAUCUUCCAGGACAUGCGGACGAGGUGUUUGCAGUGGAUUGGAGCCCAGAUGGGCAAAGGGUCGCAAGCGGAGGCAAGGACAAGUGUCUGAGAAUAUGGAGGAGGUAACCGGAGAAUCCAGCCCUUGCAUAAUCAAGUGGGAAGAAUAAGAACUGAACAGGCUCUUUCCCCUGAUGUGACGUACCUGUAUAGGGCAUUUCACCACAGCAGGCUGGCAGGAUCGUCACUUAUCACCUAAUCAUCUAGUGACCCACAGUGGGCCGUCUGCUCUGCCCCAGAUUGGACUGUAUUGGAGCAUCACUAUAUUUCCCACGUGAGGCAAACGCUCUUCCUCUGGGCUGGGUGAGGAGGGGAGGGUGGGAGAGAGACCGACGCAAACUGCAGGUCAUUCUAGGUCCUCCUGUGCUUUCUUCUGGCUUUGUAAUACGUCAUUGAUAACUGGUUUUUUUUUGUUUACUCACAAUUUCUGGUACUUGAGACACAAUUUUGAAAACAUAUCGCCUAUUUAUCAAAUCCCAGAACCCAUGCCAGGGAUCUACAAGCACAAGUCCUGAGUUGCUGCACGCUAGAAUAUCUUAUAGAAUAAAUCACUUUCAUGUUGUUACCCAU